GGAAAGGCCUGAGGAGCCCGAGGGGUCCGACCGAGCGGGGUCCGGCAGGGGGGCCCGGCCGGUCUGACACGGCACAGAACAGCACAGAACAGCACAGCACAGAACAGCACAGAACAGCACAGCACAGAACAGCACAGAACAGCACAGCCGGCACCGCCGCGGCCAUGCAGGCCUUCCUGAAAGGCCCGUCCUCCAUCAGCACCAAGCCCGUGGCUGCCAAGGAAAAAGGCGCGGCGGGGAGCAGCGGGGAGGGCAAGAGGACCAAACCCAUCCCCUGGGUGGAGAAAUAUCGCCCCAAAAACGUGGAUGAAGUCGCCUUCCAGGAUGAAGUUGUGGCUGUGCUGAAGAAGUCCCUGGAAGGUGCUGAUCUUCCCAAUCUGUUGUUCUAUGGCCCACCUGGAACUGGAAAGACUUCCACUAUUUUAGCAGCUGCCAGAGAACUGUUUGGGCCUGAAUUAUUCCGGCAAAGAGUCCUUGAGUUAAAUGCUUCUGAUGAGCGUGGAAUUCAAGUGAUUCGGGAGAAAGUGAAGGCUUUUGCUCAGCUCACUGCAUCUGGAAGCCGUUCAGAUGGUAAAAUGUGUCCUCCUUUUAAAAUUGUGAUCCUGGAUGAAGCAGACUCGAUGACUUCAGCCGCCCAGGCAGCCUUAAGACGCACCAUGGAAAAGGAAUCUAAAACAACACGUUUCUGCCUUAUUUGUAACUACAUCAGCAGAAUAAUUGAACCUUUAACAUCUCGAUGCUCCAAAUUCCGCUUCAAGCCUCUGUCGGACAGUGUCCAACAGCAGCGGCUGCUGGAGGUUUCUGAGAAGGAGCACGUGAAAAUCAGUAAUGAGGCAGUGUCGUACCUUGUGAAAGUGUCAGAAGGGGAUUUAAGAAAAGCAAUUACUUUCCUUCAGAGUGCCACUCGCCUGAUGGGUGGGAAGGAGAUCACAGAGAAGAUAGUCACUGAAAUUGCUGGGGUCAUCCCUAAAGAGACAAUUGAUGAACUGCUGUUGGGUUGCCAGAGUGGUUCCUUUGAGAAACUGGAAACACUGGCAAAGAAUCUCAUCAAUGAGGGGUUUGCUGUUGCUCAGCUUGUAAACCAGCUGCACGACACGGUGGUGGAGAGUGAAGAUCUCAGUGACAAGCAGAAAUCUGUCAUAGUGGAGAAACUUGCGGAAGUGGACAAAUGCCUGGCAGAUGGUGCUGAUGAAUUCUUGCAGCUGAUGAGUCUCUGUGCCCUUGUGAUGCAGCAGCUCACACAGAACACCUGACUCCUCCAGCAGCUCUUUGUUCCAGGGGUGGCUGCAGCUCUGAGGCCAGGGACCCAUGAACUUUUGUACUGGUUUUUUGCAAUAAAAGGACUGCUCAGCAGUUGGAAAAGCUCA